UUAGAAACAAUAUUCAUUCACAAGUGCAAAAAAUUCUAAUGUCGAAUUUAAGAAAAACGAAAGCAAGACGUGGCAGUGAUUCAGUAGAUGUUAAACCUAAAAGAAUCAAGCUAUCAAAUGAGAAUAAUCCAGAGGUAAAGAACAAUAGUGAUUCAGUAAAUGUUAAACCUAAAAGAAUGCAGAUAUCAAGUGAGAAUAACCCAGAGAGAGAUAACAACAGUGCAAUAAGAAAUGAUGCAGCACUUGAAGAUAUUGCUGAUCAAUUAUUAUCAUUAGAACGUAAUUUGGCUGUUGAGUUAGGGAAAAUUACAUUCCAUUUGCCUGUAGAAUAUAUUUAUAGUCCACUUGAAUAUGCCUUUAAUAUACAUACUAUGUAUGUACAAAAAUAUUGUUCUACUGUCAAAAAAAUAUUGUUUCUUGGAAUGAAUCCUGGUCCUUGGGGUAUGUCUCAAACUGGUGUACCAUUUGGAGAAAUAAAUAUGGUUCGUGAUUGGUUAAAAAUCUGUGGACCUGUAGGAAAACCUGCCAAAGAGCAACCAAACAGAAAAGUAACUGGAUUUCAAUGUACACGCAGUGAAAUCAGUGGAAAAAGAUUAUGGGGUCUUUUCAAAGAAUUAUGUGGAAAUCCUGAAAAAUUUUUUCAACAUGCAUAUAUACAUAAUUAUUGUCCUAUUGCAUUAAUGAAUAAAAAAGGCUGCAACAUCACACCAGCAGAAAUAAAGGGAGCAGAAAUAAAUUUAGUACAUUCUGCUUGUGACAAGGCUUUAGCAGAAACAAUUAAAAUUUUAAAAGCUGAAAUUAUUAUUGGCAUUGGUGGAUAUGCAGAGAAACGAGCACAACUUGUAGUUCAAAAGUACAAACUACCUGUUAAGGUCUUAUGUCUACCACAUCCAAGUCCACGUGCUGCAAAUAAUACAAAUUGGAAUGAAAAAGCAACAAAAAAGUUGAGUGAGUUUGGAUUACUUGAGUGUUUUACAGAUUAG